CGGAUACGUUCAAAUGUGGCCCAAUCCGUUCGAUGCGGAAUGCUCGAGGGUAACAAUUUAAAAGGCGCACUCACACGCACGCACACAUACAAACAAGCAAGUGCCGUGUCUCGUAAAAGGUGCUCGUGAAUUUUGUGCACGAGGAAUUUUGUGAAAGCAAUAGAAACUAGACGGCGUGUCGCAGACAAAUCUAAGAAACUAACUAGAAACAGUUGCUAAACCGCACGAUUGGCUGAUCCAUUAAACCGAAAGAGCUGUUCAGCUACAGCUGAAUAAAAAGAAACAGCAUCAUAAUAACAAUAAAAAAACAACAUGGAAUAUUGAAUGAAAUCCAUUUCGUAUACAUACAUUAGUAGCCGCACAUCUUCACUUGCUAUUUGGUCGUGUAAAUGCCAGCCGUUGAAUGUGAGGCUGGGCUCAGGACCUGACACAAUGAGAGCGUGUUGCAAGCGUUGUUCCAAAAAGUCAAUAAGUAUGAGUAGGCAGAACGGCCUCACAAGCGACAAGUUCCAUUAAAGCGCAGAGCAAGCUAGAUGAUGCAUUCAGAGACGACAAUGACGAGGACGAUGAGAAGGACGAACACUGCCAUUGCCGUCGCCACAUUCGGGCUUAUUUGCCAGAGGCAACAGCCAGAACGCCAGCGACAACAUAUCAAUCAAGGGAAGGGGCGGGGGCUGAACGUAAAAACGACUUCAUUUGAAUCGCCCUCAUGGUGUUUUGGCAUUUGUCUACUCCUGGCCAGUUGCUGCCUGGUCCGGAGCUCAUAUCUGGAGCCGGACGAGCUAAUACAUGAGUUGGACCGACCAGUGCCGUUAACAUCGGUGCAAGGUGUCCUGGGCAGACAGGCGAUGCUGCCAUGCGACAUCACGCCCCUGGAGCGGGACGAUGCAGUAUACAUGGUGCUUUGGUUUCGCGAAGGCGAUGGCGAGCCCAUCUACAACUUCGAUGUGCGUGGACGUCAAUUUGGCCAGGCCCGUCUUUGGUCAUCGCCAUUGGCGUUUGGAACACGUGCCCAUUUCAGCAGCACUUCCCAUCCUGCACAACUCAAAAUAGACAAUAUUCGCAUUGAGGACGAGGGCGUCUAUCGAUGUCGGGUCGACUUUCGCAACUCGCCCACACGAAACCUCAAGAUCAAUCUCACAGUUAUUGUGCCACCCGAUCGACCCAUUAUUUAUGGACCCAAUCGGCACGAUAAGGCAAGCAAUGUGGAAUCAUUCAAUGAAGGCAAUGACAUUGUGCUCGCCUGCGAAGUUUCAGGCGGUCGCCCACGUCCAAAUGUCACCUGGUACUUGGACAACACUGUGAUUGAUGAAUCGUUUGAUCAACGUGCCGAUGGCAAGACCGUCAACCAUUUAUCCUAUCCAAACAUCGGUCGACAGCACUUGAACGCGCGACUUGUUUGUGUGGCCAGCAACACAAAUUUGACACCGCCGAAUAAUAAAGUGGUUAUACUUGAUGUCAACUUGAAACCGAUUGCAGUGCACAUCCUCACAAAGGAUCGCUUCGUGUCCGCGGACCGCUCCUACGAUGUCGAAUGCAAAAGCUCGGGCUCGAAGCCCCCGGCGCUGAUUACUUGGUGGAAGGGCAAUAAGCAGCUAAAGAAACUGACGAAGAAUUUUAAUGAACCCGAUAAUCAAUCUCUAAGUAUACUGACGUUUACGCCCAGUCGCGAGGACGAUGGAAAAUAUUUAACAUGUCGGGCCGAGAAUCAAUUCAUCGAGGGCAGCGCCAUCGAGGACAAAUGGCGCCUCAUUGUCCACUACCAACCCACCACAGUGCUGAAAAUGGGCUCGUCCUUGAAUCCCGACGAUAUCAAAGAGGGCGACGAUGCGUACUUUGAAUGUGUCGUCCAAUCGAAUCCAAAGCCCUACAAGAUGUCCUGGUAUCACAAUGGCAAGGAGUUGCAGCAUAACAUUUCAGCUGGUGUUAUUCUAUCGGAUCAAUCGUUGGUCCUGCAAAGCGUCUCUCGUGCCUCGGCCGGCGACUACACCUGCCAGGCAGUUAACUCAGAGGGCAGAGGUCCCAGCAAUCCGGUCACAUUGCGCAUACGUUAUGCUCCCAUCUGUGCAACCGAACACGAAGAGCUCCUGGGCGCAUUGAAGCACGAGACACUCGCAUUGAAAUGUGAAGUGGACGCCUCCCCGCCGGCCGACUCCUUCCAUUGGACAUUCAACUCAUCUGGCGAGCAAACCGAGCUGCCCGCCCGAUUACACUCAACUGAAACGGGAAUGUCGCGGCUCAAUUAUACACCGAGCACGGACCUAGACUAUGGCACCAUAUCGUGUUGGGGCAAGAAUUCGAUUGGGCUGCAAAAGAGUCCUUGUGUCUUUCAAAUUGUGGCUGCAGGUCGGCCGUUUCCGCUUCAAAACUGUACAGUGACCAAUCAAUCAGUGGACUCGCUGCAAGUCGAGUGCAUUGAGGGUUUCGAUGGUGGCCUACCCCAGAGCUUUAUGCUGGAGCUGGUCGAGUUAAAUAAUCUUCGCUUGGCCAGAAAUCUAACGGUUUCGCACACACCUGUCAGCUUUGUCAUUGAAAACCUGGACCAAGCGGCCACUUACCGGAUGAUCAUAUUUGCUGUCAAUGCCAAGGGUCGCUCCGAGCCCAUCAUUAUAGACGAUAUCAACUUCAAGGGUGUGGCCAAGUUUACAGGUGCUUCUACGGGUCUGUCGAUGCCACUAUCGCCGUUUCUGGCCGGACUGACUCUGUUUUGUGGACUGCUCUUCGCCAUAUCAUGCAUUAUACUCGCAGCCAUUUACAGAAGGUUUUCAAAUAGACGCAACGAUAAUAAUCUUAAGGCCGUCAAGCACACGCAGCUCUCAAUACCAGCUGACUGCCAGCUGGACCCCCUGCACCCGAGUAGCCACCACGAUCAGAAUAAUCACCAGCCCCACCACAGUCUGCUUCCCAUAAAUUGUGAUAAUAGAAAUGCUGUCGACUGCGGCAACUUGGGGGAGGCGGGCAUCGAUGGCGGCACGAGAACCUCGCCCAUUGGCCUCGCCGUGAGCAGCGACACACUUCGUUCGACGGCUCGCAGUCGACACAGUCCACAGCUGCUCGGCGAUCAGGCUGAGGUGGAUGACACAGAUCCCGAUGUCAUACCAAACCAGUACGAAAAACGUCCGCUGAAGUCGCUAGUGGCGUCUCCGCUCUUUUCCAGUCCAUCGACGCGUCUCAUGCAGCGCGAAUAUCUCGCCAGCCAUGACAUGGAGCAUGGAAAAUCCAAUGGAGACAAUGUAGGGGCGGGUGUGAGCUCCAAUUCAGCGCAAUGCAUGAGUUCCAUGGGCUCCAUGAACCUGGCUGUGCCGGAGGGCCUGCCUAGCAUUGGCCUGAUGAGCAACUCUGGGAACGAAGUUCUCCAUUACACUUUCCGCCCAAGCAAACAAAUUAGCUAUGCGACUCUUAAUAAGAAAGGCAUCACAACCUGUAGCCCGCCGCUCGGUUCGAUGACCUAUAGUGUAAGUACAUCAACGCCCUCAUCUUCAUAUCAUCUAACACCGCAGCCCAUGGAGGUCAGUUUGCUCAGCCCGAAUAAUCCAUCGGUGACGUCAUCGCUAAGCGAGUACCGUUUUCGACCGGAGGUCGUCACCACUUCGAAUCGCAUUCAGGAAAGUUGUAUAUAAACGCAUCCGCAUAUAAUAUGAGUAUGCUGAGAUAAGUCCCCAGCGUGCAUAUGGAUAUACUUAAAUGCAUAUGUAUGUCUGACAAUGAGUGUACAAAGAUGUGUAUUAAUACAUGAACGUAUAUUGUAUCGUGUCGUAUCGAAUAAUAUCCUAAACACUAGAUAUACAUACUACUACAUACUAUAUACAUAUUUAUUCGCAUGGUU